GAGCGAGAGGGAGCGAGGCGGCGAUUGAUUGGAGCGAGCGAGGAGAGCGAGCGAGCGAGAGGGGGUGGUGAGAGCUUCUCGAUCUCAGAGCGGCGCGGGCGCGGCGCGGCGCGGCACGGCACGGCGCGAGCGAGAAGUGAAAUUGCUAGGCGAGGUUGUGAGAUUGGCGCAUUUCUUCGCUUCAUAUGGGUCUGGGAGUUCUAUUGUGACAUUUCCAAAGGCCUGUUGAUUCUUGAGUCGCGAAGCCAUGUCCAUGGAGCUGGAAGAUGUCCGUUUCAACCACUUGUUCCAGAAGUCUUUCCUUCACGAGAACUCGUAUGCGUUCUUGAGCAAGGAGGAGCUUUGCUCGCAGCUGAUCCGGGGCCUUCAGAGCCUCCAGACCGGGCGGAGGAGGAAACUGAGCGAGAUUGGCAACACUGAAAUUUACAAUGCUCCCAAGAGGUUCCUUCCAACUCCACCACCAACAGCGGUCCCGGCAGCAAAGAAGUACCAGCCCAAGGAUCUCAUUAAUGCGCUUCCGGAGGAGCUCCUUGUUGAAGUCUUUCGGUACGUGGCCGCUCCAGCCGAUCGCUACGCGUGUGCUUCCGUGUGCACACGCUGGCUGAUGCUCCAGAGCCACUUACACUCGAGCGAGAUCAAGGACGACGAGCAAGAGCUUUCUCUUGGCAGUGGCGACGAGCUAAAGAGGAUCCUGGAAGGAAAGCGAGCUACAGAUGUUAGACUGGCUGUGGUUGCUCUCGGAACCCAGUCUAGAGGUGGCCUUGGGAAACUUAUCAUCAAGGGUGGUCCUCGGCAGAAGCUGUCCAAGGCCGUGAGCAACGUUGGCAUGUCCUCUGUUGGCAUCUGCUGCGGGAACCUCAAAGUUCUUUCCGUGUGGGACUGCCCAAACAUCGACGACGUGGGAUUCAGCUGGAUUGGCAAGGGAUGCCCGCAGCUCAAAGUUCUCAACAUCAUGAACUGUCCUGGCUUUGGAGAUGCCGCUCUUCGGGCAAUUGCGGCCGGUUGUCCUCUCCUCUCAAGUUUGACCCUGGAUGGCUGCGACAAAGUUGGCGACGAAGGACUGCAGGCCGUGGGGAAGCGCUGCUCUCAACUUUCGUGCCUCUCGGUCUCCAGGUGCAACAAAGUCGGGGGCGUUGGCGUCACUGCGGUUGUUUCGAGCUGCAAGGUGUUGAAGGCCAUGAAGCUCGAGAAGCUCAGUAUCAACGACGAAGGUCUCGUUGCGGUUGGGGAACACGGCGGCUCACUCCAGAAGCUCAAGCUGUUGCAGCUCGAGAAGAUAAGCUCGGAAGGCUUCUUUUUGUUUGGCAAGAGUUCCGGCAUGGGGCAGCUCAAGCAUCUCCAGAUCUCGGCAUGCCCCGGCCUCACUGACAGUCUCCUAGACUCCGUUGGGAAAACGAGCAAGGAGAUCAAGUUUUUGUCUCUUGCCAACUGCACGUCGCUGGACGAGAGCAAGCUUCUCACUUUCGUGAAGGACUGCACUUUCCUGGAGGGCCUCCACCUAGAGAAGUGCGCCUUUACGGCAUCGGCUGCGACGAUGACGACGACACUGUUAUCGAGCGGGUCCCGGUCUCUUAAAGUUCUGGGCAUCGUCAACUGCACUGGAGUGGGAGCCGGACUUUUGGCUAGCCUCUCUGGAUCUGGAAGCUCCUGUCUCCUGGAGCUCGACGUCAGCGGCUUUACGGCUCUCUCGGACGAGUCCCUGGUCCCUUUCCUGUUAGCGAGCGGGUCCGGCUUAACUUCUCUCAACCUGUCCGGUUGUACGAGGCUGACGAACCGGGCACUCGCUGCGGUAGCGAGUUUUUGCCCCUCUCUCGGGUUGCUCACGCUGGACGGGUGUGCGAGCGUCACGGACCAGGGGAUUCGAUACGUUGCUCAGGGGCCGCAGGCAGUGCAGGAGCUCAGCCUCGCCGGCUGCGACGUGACGGAUGACGGCAUGGUGGCUCUAGUACUCGCCAAAGGCUCGUCUCUGAAGACGCUGUCUCUGGCCGGGUGCGGGCGCGUGACGGACCGGAGCCUGCUGGUUAUGAAGACGGCUUGCAAUGCUCUGGAGGCGCUCAACGUCAAGGACUGCAAGGGGCUUAGCCGGGCCAAGCUCGAGUGGUUUGAGGCGGGCCUGUGGAGGUGCCAGCUUUGCUACUGAUCUCAUGGACUGGACGAUGGACUGGGGAGAAGGCUACAUACUGGCAGGAAGC